CUAUUUUGUACAUUGACUAUGGAAAUACAGAGAUUGUCAGUCGGUCUGAUUUAGUCGAACUCCCAGAAGAACUGCAGACAACAGGACUUGCAAAAAAGUACAAGUUCUGGGGCUUUCAUGUGUCAAGCGAGCAGGAUUCCCCACUUUUUUCACAGGGGAAGUCCUUCCUUCAGAAUAUGAUUCAUGGAAAAAAGUUGCGUGUCCAUAAAAAGUCAGUUUGCUUUGAUGGAACCAUCCUGGUUGAAGCCUUCCAGGGGAAUCUUGACAUUGGUGAGGAGCUAUUGAAAUUUAAGUUCGCCAAAGUCAGUCUCCCAGGCAACAGGGAGAACUCCUUUCCCACAGUAAGCCUGCAGGAGUGCACAGGACUGUGGCCCAGCAGAAACGCCCCGGGGGAGUUGGACACACUUGGCUCUUCAUUGGGAUGCAUGCCCAAAUUGCGACCGAUAUUCUCAGACCAGAAGCCUCAAAUUAUUAAGGAGCAGAAAACCAGCGUUGCUCUCCAGCCUGUGGAGAAACUGAAUGCUGGUCAGGAACCUCUUACUGAGAUCCAGUCCUCAAAAACUGAUGUAAAUGGACAGCAGGUGUGCUCUCAGGAUAUUGAGCAGGUGCCGAAUGAAACCGAGUCUGAACUACAGAGGAUGAGAGAGGUGAUAAAUGAUAAGGACAUGGAGAUCAAGAAGCUAAAAGAGGAAGGAAGUGCCAUUCAGCAGCAUGCAUCUCUCCUGGGGCAGCAGCUAGAAGAGGCCAAAUUAGAGCUGCAGAUACUGAAGGAGAGUUAUGAUAAGACAAAGGAGACUAAACAUAAUCAUCCUACAACAGUUGCAAACAGAAUAUCCCAGCUGGCUAAGAAAGUGGAUUCUUUGAGGAAACUAAGGGAGAGUAAUCCUUGCUCCACUGAUGAAGAUCACCUAUUAGAGUCCAUCACCAUCAUCAUGAACUACAGGAUCCCAAUGCCGUUGAGCUCAGAGAGGCUGGACCUUGCGGGGAAAGCUUAUGAUCAAACCUUGGAAAAUCUAAGAGGCUGUCAAACCAUGGCGGAAGUAGAGUCACUGGUGAACAUUAGGAAUGAGGCUCGAGGUGCUCUCUUAGCUGCUGUAGAUGACUUCCUGCAGGAGGUGGACAAGCUGCCAAUUAAUGAACGCUUGGACAGGCUGAAGGAAGUUGCAUCCUCAUUGACGGCAAUGUUUAGCUCUGUUAUGCUGGUGGAGCAGACCGAAGAGUGCUCUUUUGAGAAGUUCUGUGAGUGGAAGGGGCACAAACAACAGAAGAUCAAAAAUGUGCGAAAAGCUACAGAUGAAGCUCUCCUUGCUCUUAGCAGCUGGGCAACCAGGCUUAGCAAGUUUUCGUGUUUGAUGGAGAAAACGUCAUUGACCGAAGAAGAUGUUGCUGAAGGUGUGGAUGAGAUCCUGAUGAAUGCUGACAAUGCCUUGUGUGAAGAACUCCGUACUAAAUCCUCUGAACAAGAUGAUCAAGAGAGGAAAAUGGUGUUUAAUGCCUUUAAUAAAGCCAUGCAGGGCAUCCAGAGAGAACAAUGUUUGUUAAAAGCGAUCAGGCAAAAGUACGAACUCAACACAAAGUUUAAGCAGGAAAUACAGCAGUGGCAGAGUGGCCCUCCUAAAGCAGAAGAUCUGUUUGCGGUGAAGAAGCGCAUCAGGAGCUUGAGAUCUCAGCUGCGCUGGAAACUGGUGGAAGUCAGCUGUCUGGAGGAGGCAGAAGAACUGGACCUGCCAGAGAUUCUUAAGAAGAAGGAGGAGAUCGCUGAGACGAGAAAUGCUCUCUUUCAAGAAAUCAGCCAUGAAAAGAAGCAAUAUAUAAUGCUGUGUGACCUCAUGAAAAGAGGCUUUCCUGAGUUGCCAAUUAUCUAUCCUGAUGCAGAUAUUAAUGGCUAUAUGAGCUCUGCAGGACUGUUAAUGAAGAGCUUGGACAGAGACAUGUUUGAUGCAGACCCGAUGAGAGAGCUAAGUGGGAGGAGACCUCUUCUAAGCACAGAUUUCCAGGGACAGAAAAUAGUCCUGAAGUGCUAUGCUGUGGAUGAAGAGUCAGAGGCGAAGAUGCUUGAACAAGCCGCCCAGUAUCACAGAGCUCAGCAGCAGAAUCCCGCCACUACUGUUCCUCUCCUGGCGCUGUUUUGCGGCAAAUCUGAUCCACUGGCAUACAUCAUGGUACCACACUACUCGAAUGGAAGUCUCAGGGCCAUUCAGAAAUCCUCUCCACUGUCCUCUUCUGAGAUUAGGAAGGUGAUGAAGGGCGUAGCUUUGGGACUGCAGGGUCUUCAUGCAGCAUCUCUUACUCAUGCAUCUCUGCAUCCCAACAAUGUGUUUGCCAUCGGCCGAGAGAAAGGCAUUGUUGGAGAUUAUGAUUUCUCAAAGACACCUGAGCAGAGGGUGUCUGACAGCGGGAUGGUGGCUGGUUCCAUCAGUCUGGUGGCUCCAGAGUUGAAGCAGGGUCAGCUGCCUUCCCCAGCCAGUGAUAUGUAUGCCUUUGGAGGCAUCGUGCUCUGGCUGCAUGUUCCAGACUUCAGCGGAACUCUAGAGAGUGAGCGUCAAAAUGUAGAGUUCUCUGGUUUGUGUCUGGAUGCCAAAUUGCACGAGCUCGUCUCAAAGCUGCUGAUUUCAUCUACAAGACUGUCUGCUUCUGAGGCCCUAAAGGAAGACUACUUCAUCUCAGUUGAUUUGUAAAAGUGAAUUAUGUUCAUGUUUGCAUUCUUUGCCCUUUUUAUUUAUUAUUUUCUUCUAAGAAAAAAACACACAGAGGUGUUUGUUCAUUCCUCAAACCUUGUUUCAUGUUCCUGGAAUAAAUAAAAAUAAGUUUAUAAAGGCAGAAUUAAGUGGAAAU